CUUUCACUUAACAGAUUUUGGAGCACUGUUAAAAGAUUUUUUGCAUACCUUUAAAAAUGGGGGAUCGUUUGGAAGGCCCAUCUGCAGCAGCGGAAUUGGCAAGAGGGAGCAGCGUAUGCACCAAGGAGAUGACCUUGGAGCAAAAACAACAGCAACAAAUUGAACGACAGCUAAAAUGCUUGGCAUUUCAAAAUCCAGGACCUCUGCUGGCAGAUUUCAACCCAGAAACUCGGGAACAACAAAAGAAAGUCUGUAUGUCUAUGAUAAACCAGGAAUGUUUUAAUACGACAAAGAAGACUGUGAAGAAAUAUGACAAACACGGCCAUCUGAUUUCCAAUAAAACAGAUUUGUGUGAUUGUCUAGAGAAGAACUGCCUGGGCUGCUUUUACCCUUGUCCUAAGUGUAAUUCAACCAAGUGUGGGGCAGAAUGUCGCUGCAACCGGAAAUGGGUCUAUGAGCAAAUUCAGGUGGAGGCUGGCCAAAUCAUCCGAUUUCCAUUUCGAAACAACUAGAUCACAUUACGUUUCCUGAUAUUAUUUGUCUUCUCUUUGUAAAGAAAAAAAAGGUUUUUUUUAUUUUUAUUUUCAACAAAUAA